CAUGAGCGGUGAGUCUCCAACGAAUAAGGAGAAGGAGCGCAUCAGCAAACCGGCCCAUGCCGCGUGCACGCAAGUCCUCGCCAUGCUACUUGGUCACGAGACCCUCCAGAGUCCAUCUUUGUCGACGGCGGCACGAUCUGCCUUGCUGGACGGAACCUACGCCAACAUCGACGCGGUCGAGCCCGCCGAUUUGAAGGCCAAGUUGACGCGCAAGACCAUGGGCCUCGACGUAGUCCAGAAGCUUUUGGGCAGCAAGCCAUCUCGUUGUCGGUUCAAGACAUGCGAGCGGUUCUCCAAGGAUGUUCGCCUGGUGUUCCAGAACAUCCUGUUGUACCAGAGUUACCUCAAGGACCACGCGCCGAAAGUGUACGAUCCCACGCUGUUUGAAACGUCCCAGCGUCUCUUGCAGGGGUUCGAAAUGAUGUAUGCCGGGGAACUGGCACGCCACGUCACGACUUUGGCGGCACAGCCGUCUCCUUCUGUCUCCCCCGAGCCAUCCCCUGCCGCUCCAUCGUCGCACAAACCACCUUCGACCACGCUAUCGCAUCGGCCGUCGUCAUCAUCUUCGCUGUCGGACGACGACAAGGCCAAGUGCCAUGGCAUUGUCCAGCGCAUCAUGAAGUACAAGGAGAUGGGGGUCGCCAUGGCCGCUCCAUUCUUCAACCCCGUCGACGUGGGCAUGUACGUCGACUACAAGGUCAAGAUCCCCCAUCGGAUGCAUCUGUACGGCGUCCAGCAAAAGCUCUCGACCGGCGCGUACGCGUCCGCUGCGGCAUUCGUGCAGGACAUGCGGCUGAUCUUUGCCAACUGCCUCGUGUACAACUCGGAAGUGAUCUUAAGCGCCAAGAUUCGCGAACAUGCAGUCAAGUUGAUGCACGUCCUCGAACAACUGGUGGAGCAAGCGUCGUUUGACCAGACUCCCAAUGCGACGUGGACAGGAAUGGCGCAUACUGACCGGUGGAAGUGCCAUCAAGUGCUUCAGGAUGUGCUCGCUCAUCGGAGCCCUGGCGGCAUCGAGACUGCUCAAUGGUUUAAGCAUCCUAUCGUGACGUACUUUGCUUCGCCAGACCAAGCCCCGUUUAACUACUUCAAAGUGAUCAAGCGGCCCAUGGACAUUGGCACAGUCACGUCCCGAUUGCACUUGGGCGAGUAUGGUGACGUGGCAGCGUUCGUAGCCGAUCUCCGGCUCGUGUUUGACAAUUGCAUCAAGUACUGGAAGGCCAGCGUGGACGGCCAGGUGUACUGUGACGCUGCGAAGACGCUGCUGGCGACCAUGGAGUCGAGUGCAGUGAAAGUGUUUGGAUCGGCCAUGUCCGCAUCCCUCUUCCCUGCAAAAACUGCAAGCCACGAGAAACGAACGACUUCCGCCACUGCCACCACCACCACCGCUGCUGUACCUGCACAACCGUCGUCGACUGCGAUCUCUCCAAAAGAUAUCAAGUCGUCGUCGAAAAAGAAUGCAACUGACCUAUCGAAACCCAGUACCUCUACCAGCGCCACCAGCACAUCGUCGUCGUCGUCGUCGUCGUCGCGACGGGAGUUUGCCGACAAGGACAAGUGUCUCCAGAUGCUCGAGACGCUCCGCCAACACAAGAUGCGCGGCGCGAUGGGCAAAGACAUUCACACUGCGUACCCGUUCCUCCAUGCCGUCGACAUCACGCGGUAUCCAGACUACGCCAAGAUUGUCUCCGAGCCCAUGGACUUCAACAAAAUCGACCGUAAACUCAAAAGCAACCGGUACACGAGUCUAUCCGAGUUUUCCGCCGACGUGCACUUGAUCUUUUCGAAUUGCCUCAAGUACAAUUCGGACCCGGUGGAAGGCGCGGACAUUCGCACGAUGGCCACAACCUUGCGCGAUUGUUUUAUCCAAUUAUAUCAAAACCUGGAGAGUGGUCAAGUCCCUGGAACCCCCGCCAUCGCCGCCUCGUCUUCGUCCAAGAAGAAUCGGUCGUCAUCGGGUCGCCGCGACACCCCGAGCGACAACAACAACGACGGUGACGACACGACGAAAAAGCGCAGUUCGAAAAAGGACAAAAAAGAGAAAAAGAAAAAAAAAGACAAAAAAAAAGACAAAAAGAAACACCACCACCACCGCGACAAACACUCUGUCGAAGCAGUCGCCACCGCGACAAACACUCUGUCCAGCCCGCCUAUUCCCACGCCCAGCCCGCCUCUGCCUAAUGUCGUCGUCGUGGCGCCGCCCACGUCUGCGACACCGUCGAAAUCAUCCUCAAAAUUGUCUUCCAAAGUAAAGUUGGAUCUGUCACCUUGGGAAGCGUCGUGCGAGCGGUUAGUGUCGCGUAUCCUCAAGCUGGACUUUGUCACAGCCAUGCAUUUUGAUGCGCCGCUCGUUCAAAAGUUCCCCGACCUGGCCAAAAUUUACAAGUCGAUUGUGGCGGAACCGAUGGAUCUGGGGACAUUGCGCCACCUCCUCAUCACGCACGCGAUCGCCGACCCCGUUGAGUUUGUCCGGCUCGGGCGGCUGAUCUGCGACAACGCCAAGACGUUCAACGCUGGACCGGACGCUGCGUCUGUGCGUGUGCGUGAGACUGCCGAUCACCUGAGGUGGUUAUUCGAUUCGCUGUGCGUGGAAAUGAACGUGUUGCCCGACGCGGAGCCGCUGCGGCGCCAGUGGCGCACCGACCGCUUCUCGGCCGUCCAGACGCUCAAGUUUACCGAAAGCAAACCCAACAAAGAAUGCGUUAAAGUGUUGAGGGCUCUUAUGAGUCAAAAGCAAGUCAAAGACAGGUGGCCAUUCAUGGAACCGGCGGGUGUGUUGUUCAAGGACCUGCCUCCGACUUAUUACGAGAUUGUCAAGCAGCCCAUGGAUCUCAAAACGGUCGGCGAGAAGCUCAACGCGCUCGUGUACAAAUCGUACGGCGAAUUUAUUGGAGACAUUCGACUCACGUUUGAAAACGCGAUGCUGUACAACCAACUGGACAAGGCCAAGGACGAGUGGACCGUGUACAACGCUGCAAAACGACUCCAUGAGCUCACGACCGAGUUGUGGGGCGACGUGACAAUUGACAUUGUAGAGCGUUUGCGGCGUCAGGUGAUGGAGCACAAAGAAGCGAAAAUUGAAUCGGACAAGUCGCGAGCAGUGGAGAAGGCCCGGACGGCGACGGACGACGCCGCGCGGGUUAAAGACUACCACGCCAAGCUGGAACAGCAAAAGAAGGACGAGGCGGAGGCCGAGGUGCGCGCCGCCAACGAACGCGCGGCGGCGCGGGACAAGGCGGCCAAGGACGCGCGUUUGGCGCAGAUGGACAAGCUGUCCAAGGCGGAGCGCAAGAUUGAAGACAAGCGGCGGAAGCGGGAGGAAGAGCUGGCGCAUGUUGAGCGGCGGAACCGCACGGCGGUGGUCGCGACCGAAGAAGCGUUGAAAGAGGCCGAGCUUCGCAGUCGCAUGCGUGCCAAGGCGAGACAGAGAGACGAGGCCAAGAAGAUGAGCCUGGUGUCAAAUGGCGAUGGCGACGGCCAUGACAGUGAAAGCAAAGGCAAGCAUGGAGCGAUGCGGAUGAUGGCGAUGAUGCAUCCCGUGGACAAGCCGCGCAAGCGCCGCGGCGGCGAUGGCAGUGCCGACGGGGCGACGAAGUUUUGGAAACUCAAGCGGCGAAAGUUGAACGUCGCCAGCGUGUUUGUGCAAUCGGCAGACGAAGUACAGGACCAACCGGAGUAAUAACGUGUUAGCACCACAUCGCAGGAUGACAAUCGAUGGACCAAUCAAAACCCACAAUAACGUUACUACUCACGACAUUAUCACAUGCCACGAGUGUACUAUUGAUAAUACCUUGGCCAAAAC